GUCGAGUUUCGAAAGAAUCCAACGGGAUCUCAAAGGAUCAUGUCCUACCGCGACGAGUACCCGGUGGGGAGCGACGACGACGACGAAGUGUGCAGUCUCUUGAGCAACCCGCGGCGGCGCGCGCCGCUGCACAUGAACAGCUACCUCUCUCAGAUCGAGCAGCACCAGCGAGCGCGGCUGCAGCGCUGGCGGCGCCUCAAGAUGUUCUUUGCUGUCAUCAUCGCCUUGGCCACUUUGACGACGCUCUCUCUGCAGUAUAGUACGUGGCAGCCGGACGCGACGCCGUCAUUCGUUGUCGCCCGUGCCACUUCGAUUUGCGACUCGACCCAGUGCAUUGACAUUGUGCCACGUGCCAAGCUGCUACCGGGCACCUGCCCAGCGCUCGACCGAGACCACAUGCGCGUCGUGGCCGGCUAUAUCCUCGGCCGUCUCUAUCUUGACACGUGGCCGGGCGACGCCAACUUUAGCUGCAGUCAGCCACGAGUGACGAACUUCACGAUGCGCUACGAAGACGAGAUCACAGCCCCGCUAGCCGCCUGUCCUCUGGGCGUGACCGUGGCGGGCAUACUCACGCCGACGUCGCUUCCAAAGACGAUGGCGACGCGCCUCGUAUCUAUUGAUCAUACGGAGUAUAUGACGCCGGGUCUGGCGGUGGUCGUAUCCGACGGCUGGGACGGCCAAAGCAUCCAGGGACUGCCAGGCAUUGUCUUGAACGACCAUAUCGAUGGGAUCUGGCUCGGUCUUGCGAUACCCAGCGGCGCCAACGUCACGCAGAUUCGCAUGCGCAUCACGGACGACGAAGGUCGACGCGAUUCGCUGCAGGUGGCUGUGACACUGCCGCCGACCACUGCGCUGGCGGGUAUUCGACUCGAUAGGGACGGUCGCGCGUGGCCACCGGGUCGGUACAGAGUCGACGCCGCGGAUCUCUUCUCGACGUCCUUUCUCGUGCUCUCGACGAGCUCUCAAGUGAUGGCGACAUUAGAUGACGUCUUCAAGCCGCCAACGUGGCUAAACCAAACUGCCUUCACCAGGGUACAAGCCUCGUGUCGAGACGACCACGGCAACGCCUACUGCGCGUGCCAGGCGGCGACGAUCGGCGAUCCGUAAGGAUCUGAUACAAAUAUACCGUAAAUAUGCAUGUGGUCGUCAAAUGGUGA